AUGGAGUUCACAGCCCUGCAGCCAAUGAAGCAACCCUUGGAGCAGAGGGACAAAAGCAAAUCUGAAGAUGAUCAAGAAUCCGAGGUGAUAUACAGAUCCAGAUUGAGGGCAACCCAUAAGCUCAGGAAGAUAUCCUCAAUCAAUGCUAUCACUUUAGGUAACAUCAGUAUUGGAUUCGGUGAUGGUGAUCUAUCCAGAGUUCAGCUCCCCCGUGAGGAUCCAUUGGUCAUCAGUCUUUUAGUGGCAAAUUGCAUGAUCAAGAGGGUUUUGAUAGACCUAGGGAGUAGCGCCAACAUCAUCACAAAGACGGUCUUUGAGCAGCUAGAGAUCCUGUCAUCAUCUAUUCGACCUACCUCUAGCCUAUUGAUGGGGCUCGAUGGCACAAGAGUAGAUCCCCUUAGAGUAAUAGACUUAUCCGUAACUGCGGCGAAGAGAACUCUAAAGGAGACCUCUGUCUUAACAGAGAUCCAUCCUUCUUAUAAUCUUAUCAUGGGAAGAGGCUGGAUACACCAGAUGAGAGGAGUUUCGUCCACCCUUCAUCAGGUGAUGCGGUGCUUGUCUCCGGACAGAAAAGAGGUGAUUAACCUAUGGGGCGAUCAAGUCGCUGUGAAGGAAUGCUAUAUGCUGACACAGGCUGAAGCAAAGAAGAGCCCUCUUCCCAAGUAUCUUAAGGUGGAUGACAAAGAGGAAAUUGCGAAGCCUACCAAGGAGACCCUCGAAGCCGUAGAAGUUAUCCUGGACGACCCUUAG